UAAAACAAAUUAUCAGCACCAUUUCCUUGCACAUGUCUGAAUUCUAGCUAGCUACAUCUGAUCCACAAAGUAUUCUAUAGAUCUAAAGCUGAUUCACCAUCAUGGGAGGAGGCCAAUCAGCAGAAGAGCGUCGAGUACAAGAGCAAGAAGCGAGACAAAUACAUCGAGCACGUCAACGAGAGGUUGAAAGCCAAGUAGCAGAAUGGAAACAAAGAACGCACAGAAUGUCAAGCUUGGACAAAUUGAAAUUCUACAAGCAGGAGCAACAAAAUGUGCUUUCCUAUCGUCGUCACAUCAAGUCGAAAAUUAAUGAGCUUAUUACAAAUCUUCAGAAGGAUAUUAAAGAUUCCAAGAGGAUUUUUGACAAUGCUAUGGAAGCUGGAAAAGUGAAGGUUAGAAACACCAAUGUACUCAUUGUUGGAAUGGCUGGAGCUGGAAAGACUGCUACAAAACACCUGAUCUUUGGUGUGCCCCCUCCUGAUGUACGAAACAGCACUCCACUAGCAGAAGCUCCGAUUCAAGCCCAAGUUCGUGAUGUUUCAGGGAUAAGAGCUCAUCAAACAGGUAGUCAAUGGACAACUAUUGAUGCCAACGAUCUUGAGAAAGUUGUUGGCGAUGCUGUUGCUGCAAUUGGUCAUCAAUUGGUUGAUACUUCUUCUGAAAGAAUGUCACAAUUGCGUCAAUCAGUACAAGACAUAAUCCAUAGGUGGAAUGUAUUUUCACGUACAAGGUCUGAACAGCCUCAAGCUACAGGCACCCCUGCAGGUAGUGAUGUCGAUGCUGUCCGUUCCGAGCUUAUAUGUAGCCAUAGCGUUGAGCAAAGUGAUAUUUCUGAAUACAUUGUCAGUCUAGACAGUAAGUUGGUAGAAAUGAUCCGAAAGAGACCAGCAUCUGUCAAUCCCCCCUCAGUUGAGGCUUCGAAAGUACUAGGGAAAAACUGGAUCUACUUUAUAGACAGUGGGGGUCAGCCACACUUCCACAAUAUUCUUCCUCAUUUUAUCCAGGGUCUAUCUAUUGUUUUGUUUACUCAUCGCCUUUGUGACAAACUUGACAAUUAUCCAGAAAUUCACUACGUUGUGAAUGAUCAAUCCAUUGGUUCUUUUAGGUCAACCGUUAGUGUAAAAGAUACACUUACGCACCUUAUUCAUUCCAUCUGCUCUCAUUCGAAUGCUAGUACAGGAGCUCACAAACCGAAUAUGCUUUUCAUUGGCACAUUCCACGACAAGAUUGAAGAAAGUAAUGAAACUCUUGAUGAAAAGAAUGAUCAGCUACUCCAUCUUCUACCAGAAAAUUAUCGAGAAAAACUGAUAUUACAUGGCAAGGAAUUGGAUCAGUUGAUUUUUGCAAUCAAUGCUAAGAGUCCUAACGAAAACGAUAAGGAUAAAGUAAAAUUUAUAAGAGAAACAAUAGAGUCAUCUCCACCUUUUGAAGUUGAUGUUCCAAUUAAAUGGUUUGUACUAGAAGUUUUUCUUAAUAAUUUUUCUAAUCACUUUAAUCGAAAAGUAAUAAGAAAGUCGGAAUGUUUAAACAUAGCCAGCCAAUUACUUAAGAUGGAGGAGGCAGAGCUUAAUGCAUGUCUACAAUUCUUCCAUAGCAAUCAUCUCCUUCACUAUUAUCCUGUAUUGCCAAAUCUAGUUUUCACUAGCACUCAAGUUCUUUUGGAUAAACUCACUGAACUUGUUCGAGAAUCGUACCAAUUAAAAGGAUCCGAAAGCGUAUCUUCAGCUCGACCAGGUGUUUGGCGUGACUUUCGAGACAAAGGAAUUAUUACACCCAUAAUUUUGAAGACAUUUUCAAGUCACUACGUGGAGGACCUGUUUAAUCCUUCAGAUCUCUUUGUACUUUUUGAAUAUCUUCUUAUAAUAACACCUUUGAGUUUCACAGAGCAAGACAAAAUUGAUUAUUCUCAGCCUAAUGCUAAGGCUUUCAUGCCUUGUUUACUAGGUAUACUUCCCGCAAAUGAGCUUGAAAAAUAUCGACUCUCAAGUGAAAUAGAGCCGUUGGUGCUAUCCUUCCCAAGUGGAAUACUGCAAUCUGGCAUAUUCUGUUGUCUCCAAGUUUACCUAAUUCAAAACUUAAAGUGGAAACUUGUUUCUACUGACGGGAGGCCUAACAUUAUUGCACAGAAUUGUGUAAUGCUAUCACAUUCAAAGAUGCCCUGCACAAUUGUCUUGAUUGACUCCUUUUCAUAUAUCGAGGCGCAUGUCCAAUCUAAAAUUUCAGAUUAUCGAAUAGUUUGUCCACUGAUCCGAGAUGAUAUUGUCAAUGCACUACACGAAGCAAGUUUGGCUCUGAACUACACUGAUACGGAGGAGCCAGUAGUGGCAUUUUUCUGCCCUGAUGACCAUGCAGUGCAGGCUCCAGAUCUAGAGUCCACUCCUCUUUCUCCGAUUUCUUCUCCUACUACUAGAUCUAUCCCCAAAAGACAUGUUGCUAAUAGGCUGGAGUAUGGUGAUUAUCUCCGGUGCUCACUUCAAGAUGAUGUCUACCCAAAGCUAACAGAGAAGCAUAAUAUGUGGAUUGGUCCUGCUUCAAGUAGCUAUCCAUGCUGUAUACAGUGCUAUAACUCACCUGUCACACACAAACAAACAAACCAACGGACUACUAUACCCGUGGCCGCCCACAUACAUCUCGGGUGAUAUAGUAGAGUUGUAUUAUAAGCUGUGGUAUACAAAUUGCUAUAUGAACGUAGCAUAAUGCUGGUUCUAAAAGAUUCCAGUGGAUUCACGUUAGUCUCACAUCACCACCAAAUGUUCCAAUAUAGAACAACUUUGGGGUGUUACGAGAUUAGAUUUACGUGCAUUUUAUCAUUACUCCACUUAAAACCAUGUAUAUAGUAGGCAUUCCUUCUAGCGUACGUCACAACCACAUGCUGUACAAAUUUGCAAUAGUAAUAUAAUGUUUUCACUACAACUGCCAGUAGGAAAGGCAAUGAAUAACAUCGUUACUCAUUGCCUUUUCUACUAGUUUCAGUUUCAAUAGUGAGUAUCUGUGACGUAGGUCAGACAGAAUGCCUUUUGUGUAUGGAGUUGCCUAAUGAACUCUUGAUGACGCCUAUCCAACAUCUUUUGAGAUUUGCAGUAAUACCACAAUGAGCAAUAAUAGUACAGUCAUGCAUGUUGUAUACAGACUGAGUCUUGGUGUC